AUGGCGUUAGAAUGGGUGGUGCUAGGGUACGCUACAGGCGCAGAAGCAAUCAUGGUCCUUCUUCUCACCAUGCCAGGUCUUGGUCCGCUCCGAAAAGGGUUGGUCCACGUCAUCCACAGCCUCCUGAAACCAUUCUUCUCCGUCGUCCCAUUUUCCGUGUUUCUGUUCAUGGAUAUCUACUACAAAUACGAAAACUACAGACAGCUUUGUGAAUCGCCUGAUUCCAGCUGUACCCCAACAGAGCAAUUGCAUCAACAGAAAUCUUUCAUGAAGAGCCAGCGUAACGUUUUGUUGAUCAUCUCCGCUUUGGUUUUUUACUGGUUGUUGUACUCCGUCACUCAUAUGAUCGUCACGGUUGAACAGUUGAAUGCCAGGAUUGAGAAAUUGAAGAACAAGGAUUGA